AUGGAAAAGGCUAAACAGAUUAUUGAUAAAACGAACGUUACAGAGGAAAAUUUAAAAGAUACUGAUGAAUUCUUAACAAUUGAACUCAAGAGUUAGCAAUUAGGAUAAGUGCAAGCAUGCUGUAAUCAAGAAAAAUAACAAUCUAUGCUUCAAGCAGAUUAAUUUUGUUACUCUAAUCAAAAUUAUAGAAGCGAAAUAGAUAGAAUAUUCAUACCAUAUGAAAGCUACAAUGAAACGGUUGUCGAAGUAUAUAUCUAAAGAAGAACUCUGAUUCAUCGAAACUACAUCUCAAAGAGGAAAUAAUACAAAAAGUUAUGUAAAAAAAGAUGUUUGCUUAAUGAGAGAAAGCAUAAACCUCCAGCCGCUUAAAUACUUGAAUGA